AUGCCCCCGGUGCCGCCAUGGCACAUGCGGCACAGGCUCACGCUGCAUGUGCCUGUCAGGAGGAAGAACUGGCAGGCCAAAAAGACUUCCGCUGGAAAUGCUCCCGGGAAUCAUUCGCCAAGGAAAGAAUUCGCACGAGAAGGCAUGGAAGUUGAGAGAAAGGAACUGGUGAUAGACUUGAGAGAAAAGAUAGGGCUAUCUUUGAACAUACAGAACAAUGUGUUCAACCUUCUUUAUGGAGGAAAGGCAGAAGCAGAAGCCCGCGCUCAGAUGGAGGAGGCCGCUAAAGAAUUUCAGUCUUGGUUUGUUGAAGCUGACCAGACAGAGACCACGGGUGUGAUGCGAUUGUUAUGCGUCAGCAUGACGCUGGAGAAAGAUAAAGUUGCGAUCCAAGGGAGUCCCGAGUCUUGGAACGGAAGGAAGAAUCUAGAAGAUGACCCCGAGGGCUUCAAUCCCGACGCUCCCUCUCCUUACGCCUCUGAGCCCGAUGUCGAGACGUACAACGAAGAAUGGGGCACUGGAUACGCGCACCAGAAUCGGUUCAAUCAAAAGUUUGACGAGCUGUUCAAAGAAUUUGUAGAAGAAUACUGGCAGUACUUGAAACAAACGAGAGAGCAAGAAGAAACGAUCCAAGUAAGGCUUGAAAAGGCAGAUGGUGAAGAUGGCAUUUGGUACAAGGGCCCCAAAAAGAUUGUGGCGCUAUCGAAUUCAGAAGUUAUUUGGGAUUUUGAAAAGGAGGCUUCCAACAGAAAGCUGUGGUCGGAGGAACACAAAGUUUUGAAACAACCUUGGAGAAUAGUCGGACAGUACGCAAACCUUGAGCGAUGGUUCUUCGAAGGAAUCGGGACCACCACCUACACGUUGAACUCUCAGAACCAGCUCGUCCUCUGGUCUCAGCAGGACACCGAUGGUCCCAUGAGCUUGACGGACAGGGAGAGGAUGAGGCUGCGGCAACAGUCACAGAUAGCAGCCAAGGAAGCCAAGGGCAAGGCGCUGGAGUACGAAGAGCAGCAGUUGAUGAAUGAAGUAGCGAGGAUGGUCGAGGUUGGGCCCUGUCACGACCCUUCCAAUGGCAUCUUUCAGUGGAGAAUCAAAUCUCUCAAGGCACAGCUGCUCCACAAGGCGAUCUUCUGGACAAACACUGAGAAGAAGCUCCCUGGAGGCUCAGUCGCCGACAAAAUGACGACAGAGAAAAACCCGACGGGAGAAGGAAACGAACUGAUCGAAUUUUGGAAGUAUGAAAAGAAGAUUGGUUCGAUAAGAAAGAAAUAUGUGAUGGAAGACAGGCAAAGGCUCAUGGAUCAGAUUGAAAUCUUCACUCCAACCUACAAGGCUGUGAUUAAGAACGAAGGAAGUGGGCCGAGCGAUGACGGAGGAGGAGAUCAUUACAUGACCAUGGAGAAUCAGAGAAAGAUCACCAACAUCGUUGCCUUGGCUCUUGACAUGCACAUGCCCGACUAUGACGAGGACAGGAUCGCCUGUUUCAUCAAGACGCUGCUCGAGAGGCGUAUCGGACCAACAUGGCACGUUCUUGUAGGGAGAUCUUUUGGGUUCUCAAUCCAGUGCGAGGCCAGACAUUUCCUCCAUCUGUACAUGCAGCACCUCGGAGUCGUGAUAUGGAAAUCAGAACCAGACCCGAACGCAGGGAAGAAGAAGAUAGAAGGAGGAGUGCAGGCUGAAGGAUAG